AUGACAAAGAGUCCGAAAUCCCGCGGAUAUCGACGUCAUGAAAAACCACCCCUCUCCUACAUCACCUUGAUCGCCAUGGCCAUCAAGUCCCACUCGAGCCAGCGCGCAACCCUGCAGCAGAUAAACGAAUGGCUCGCUGCAAAUUUCCCCUUCUUCAGAGGUGAAUACGUUGGAUGGAAAAACUCAGUCAGACAUAAUUUGAGUCUCAAUGAUUGCUUUGUAAAGAUUCUUCGAGAUCCAAGCCGGCCAUGGGGAAAAGACAAUUACUGGACAAUCGCUGAAAACUGCUCGUAUAUUUUUGACAACGGAGCGUUUCGACGACGAAGAAAAAAUGAGCUUGCAAAUCGACCCGCUCCCUUUUCGAUAGACUGGAUUCUCUCCCUUCCAAAUUCUCGCCCGUCAAGUCCUCUUUCCUCAAGCGAUUCCGAAACAUGCAGUGUUUCUUCAACAACACCUCCACCCGCACUCAAGCGACACUACCCGCUCUCCACCCUUCCCUUUUGCCUACCACGACGUUUGCCGCAAGUCUACCAUGUCAAAAAACGCUCCUUCACGAUCGACAGUAUUCUCACUUGA